AUGGUCAGGUUGGAGUUUGCUCAUUAUGACUACAAAUCACGUGGAACCAUAUCACCCAAGGAUUUUGCUUUAUCCAUGGUUGCUUCUGCUGACAUGAGGCACUUGAACAAGUUGCUAGAUCGAGUUGAUGAAUUAAACAACGAUUCAAAUCUUAGUAAUGUACGUGUUACAUUUGAAGAAUUCAAGAAUUUUGCAGAGCUGCGAAAACAAUUGCAGCCAUUUUCUUUGGCCCUUUUCAGUUAUGGAAAAGCAAAUGGUUUGUUGACAAAGAAGGAUUUUCAACGAGCUGCUUCCCAAGUAUGUGGCGUCGCUCUCACUGACAAUGUUGUUGAGAUCAUUUUCCAUGUUUUUGAUGCAAACCGUGAUGGAAGUUUAAGCUCAGACGAAUUUGUAAGAGUUUUACAAAAGCGGGAAAGGGACAUUGCUCAACCUACAGAAGCGGGCAUCAUGGACUUUUUAUCUUGCUGUUGGAAUUGUACAAAUAACCGCUCCAUUGCACGGUUUCUUUCCUAACCAAUUUUGGUACGUGGCCUGAAUUUUGUCAUGUUGUAAAUUAGGAUAGUCGACUUCUCUCAUCCAGUGGGCGGGUAGUUGAAGAAAGUGCUGACAGAUAAAUCCAAUAGUACGAGGUGGAGGUAUCAACAAGCAUCGCGUCUUUGUUUGAUUGUCUGCUAACUUGUGCUUGUCAGGAUAUCAUUCUAUACCUUAGUGUAGACCAUCUCGCCUUUUCUCCACUGCUAAUGUAGGUGGCACAGAUCUUCCUAAACAAGUUCCUUGAAAUAGAGAAUUGUAGAGUUGAUUUACACAAUAUAUUAGUAAUGAGGGUCUUGUACACAGUGAACAAUCUAAUUGUGUGAGUAUUCUAUGCCCGACCCUUAAUUUGACGAUGAUAUCCUUAUAUUUACCUUGUAAGUUCUUAAAUGAUUUAUUUUUCUGUUUUUUACUUUCACUAGUGAACUGAGUUCUAAUCAAUAAAUUGAUUUUAUUUUUUA